AUGGACCGGCUUCAUGAAUUAGCUGAAGGCUUCAGAAGAUCUCUGAAACCCCACCAUGAAGAAGAGUUUGAAAACACGACUAUUGAGGACAUGCUAAAGGAGAUUCAUGAUAUUCAAUUGUUACGAGACCGAACCAGCAGCAUGAUGGAUAUGAAUCGACUGCGGAUGUUUCUUGACGGUAUGGAAGAACUCGAGAAAACUCUUUUACACCUAGAGUUUCCUGGCACGAAAGGCGUAAUGUCAAUCGUCUGGGGCUCCUUGAGGUUCUUCCUCAGGAGUACCAACACUACCGAUAGGGCAUUUGACGGACUACUCAACGUUUACGGACUCCUUGGAGCCCAACUCUUACCCUUGACCAAGUUUAAGGAAUUUUUCCAAAGAUUUCCGUCUGCCAUAGAGUGUAUCGCCAAUAUCUAUCAGGAUAUACAGCGAUUCCAUUCUGCAGCUUACAGGCUUUUCUCACUUACAGCGACGCUAUGGCAGCGUCUCCAGAAGUCUGUUUGGGAUGACACAGGCGACUUCUUUUCAAGUCUAUCCGAUUCUCUAGGUUCACAUGCCAAGUUUAUCAAAGAACACAGUUCUUCUACAGAAGACUAUGGCGCCCUUCAUGCGGCCUUCCAGCAGUAUUCAUAUGGCCUUCAGUCAGAUUGGAAGAAGUUCGAGGCCGAUGAGAAGGCCCGACGUCGUGGAAGGAAAAUCGAAGUCACUGAGUGGAUCGCUUCUUCUGUGAAGAUGCCACGGUUACAGGAGGAGUUUCGCGAUAUGGUGAUCUGCCCUAGGAGUGGUCGCUGGCUUUUCCGAAACUACAGCGAGAUCUCGGAGUGGAUGGGCGAGGAAGACCCUCCUCACUCAGCCAUUUGGCUACAUGGAAACGUGGGAUAUGGUAAAACGGUACUUGCAUCGCUGAUAGUCGAUGAACUGAAAUCGUCUAAACUUCAGAAUACGAUGCCAUCAUUUCCAGAGGGCAGUAAAACAUGCUACUUUUACUGCCAAGAAGACGACAUUGAACACAGGAACCAUCUUGAUAUCUUGAAAGGUAUACUCUUGCAGAUGAUAGAGGCCGAAGAUUAUAUAGUCCCAUAUUGCUACCAGGAAAAGGCAACAAGUGGAGGACCCAUCCUGAUAGAUGCGAAGCUGGCUCAAAAGCUCAUCAAGACGUUUAUCGAGUUCUCUGUAAGACACUACAUCGUGAUAGAUGGGAUGGAUGAAUGUCACGGAGCUGAAAUUCAGCAAACUGCCAAGUUCUUCAAGGAUCUAGUGUCGGUAUAUGACACGCAAAUCAGAUUGGGGCACUUGAGGCUCCUUUUAAUCGGCCGAGAAACAACAGAUACCAAGAAACAUAUACCCGGAGAUGAUUGCUUCGGCAUAUUGCUUAGGCCCGAGGACAACCACGAUGAUAUCAGAGCUUUUGUACUGGAGAAACUUCCAGAGUUCUCAAAGUCGAGUCACGGUAUUGGUUUCAGUCUUUCUGAAGCUGAUAAAUCAGAUGUUGAGCGGAUAAUAUGCCAACAAAGUCAAGACUCCUUUCUAUACGCACAUCUGGCCAUUGAAUUCCUUUUACAGCAAGAUACCAAAGGUGACCUGCUAACCUUGCUGAGAUACGGAAUGCUACCGACAAAACUUAGAGACAUGUACGAAAGAUUGCUCGACUCGGUUAAGAAUAGUCUCAUGGCACAAGCAGGAGGUCCCGCAAGGUGGGAGAGAUCAAAGCUACUAUUUGGAUGGCUCAUCUGUGCCAAAAGACCACUUAGAUGGCACGAAAUGCAGGCAAUCUUAUGCUUUGACCCCAACAAGCUCCAGAUCGACUUUGAGAACAACAUGCUACGACAGGAUAUGGAGAAGUAUCUCGGAUCCAUCGUCCAUGUUCUUGACGGAGGUUAUAUUCGACUGAUUCAUUCAACUGCGCGCCGGGAUCUCAGAUAUAUCAUAGAGAACAGACAUAUCAGUGAGAAGCAGGUUCUGUGCCAGUUGACUACUAUUUGCCUCAGAUACUUGACACUCCCAUGCUUCAUCCAUGACACCAACUACCGGGCACAUCAAAGAAGCGAGCAUGCCAAAUUGGGCUGGUUCUCUUUCCAGGAUUACGCGUGUGCUCAUUGGCUCUAUCAUACCGACACUUUGAUCAGAGAGUGUAGUGAAGUCUUCACAACCGAGACUUUUCAAGGCGUCGCAGAAGACUUCGCAUCUGCGUUGAAGCAAUUUGUCCAUAUCCAUCGCGCGGACUUGAAUACCACCAAGCACGCUGAAUUGGUUGAAGAGCAUAUAGAGAAAUUCGUUGACUUGGAACUCUACGAAGACCUUUACUUGCUGUGGAACCACAUAUACACCCACCAGCGAGGUGAUUAUGCAACACGGAACACUGUUGGUGUUAAGCAGAUUGAAAAUGGACUUAAGGAUAAUAGGAAACAGCUAGAAAUUUUCAGGCCCGACGAAAAGGCUGGUGAUGAGGAUACCAUCGGGGACUAUUAUGGCUCGAACCUCUACAAGUGUCAUCGCACAUUGUGUCGCUUCUUCUAUGUCGGUUAUAACAACAAAAGCGACCGACAUAACCACGGAAGGCGACACGAGAGGCCAUUUCAAUGCCCCGUCUCCUGUAAUGCUGCCCCUCUUGGCUUUGCCAGCAACAAGGAUAGGGAUCGACACGUCAACAUCUACCAUCCGGAACUCAGCGAAGGACCCGCCAUCUUUGAGGCUUUGAGCCGCCGACAGAUCCCAGGUAAAUUCGUUUGCAAUAUGGAUGGGUGUAGUAAGACAUUCACGAGGAAGGAAAACUUAAAGGACCACGCACGGAGUCAUUCUGGGGAGAGGCCUUUUGCUUGCACCACUUGCGGGAAAGCCUUUGCCAGAGUUGGCGACUGUCGAAGGCAUGAGAAGAUACACGCAAGGAGGGGAUAG